UGAGUGCCCUCCUGUACCAAAACUCCUCCACAACUUUGGAGCUUCAUGGGGCGCACUCACAAGUUGCCUUCGCUCAGCCGCCACCGGUCCGGUGCGAUGUGACAGAUGACUGAUAACCUUCAGUCCGGUCUUCGGUGCAGCCUAUGGCUCGGUCUCGCAUUUUUCAGCCACAGUAUCCGUGAGUUUCAAGACGUUCUCCUGAAGGUGCAACCUUGAGUUGGGAGAAUGAGCUCCUCUUGGGGCAGUUCAGCUUUUGAUGGUGAAGACCAUGACAACCGCGUGUUCACUGUGGAGGGAUGUCCGGGUGGAGAGUCUCCCGCGACCCCCAGGAAAAGACUUCACUCCGCGGAGGAAGCGCAAUGGAGCAGCCGACCUCCUCCUGAGGGCGCCGGGUCGGUUCCCAUCUCCGAGUCGGAGGAGAAGGGAGGCUUUUGCCAAAGUUGCCAGAAGAAAGUCUCAGAGCUGAAGAAACAAGCGCUAGCUCUGGCUGACCAGAAUUCACUGAAGGACCCCGGGUAUGCAACCUUCCUGUUCGAGCAGCUCCAAACUCCUGGGAAUCAUGAACCUGGAUGCUGCCAAGUUUGCUCUACACCUCUCCACCAACUGAGGCAGGAGGCCUUGCAGACACUCCAUGCUCCUGUCUUGGCCUUCAGCUCCAACAUGGCUGCCUUGCCCAAAACAUCUUUUAUACCACAGCCUUCUAGAUUCACCGUGUCGUCCUCCAGCAUCCAAACAAAACAAGUCUCGAAAAGUCAGCCCUCUCCCCACUCUGUCCUGCCAGUAGGGGAGCGCCAUGGGGUACCAAGCUGGUCCCAGAACGCAGCUAGCACUUCAGGGCCAAAGACCAGUGUCCAGGUGACAGUGGCAGGAGGGCAGCUCCCUGGAUCUCUGAGCACCGUCACAAUCCAAGCCCAGCAGUACCUCGAGGGCAUGUGGAGCAUAUCCAGGGUCAACAACUUUCUCCCUCAACCCAAGUUGGCCCAUGGGUUGAUGGGAAAUUCAGACAGGGAUGUCACAGCCUUGGAGGCCCCUGUCACCACCAUGACCAGCACCAGCGGCAGCACCCUGACGCCCUGCAGACUGAGGAGCUCCAGUCAAGCGGGACUCCCAGCGCCCGUUACCAGUACAUCAACCACCGCGUCUCCUUCCUCAUCUGCAGCAGCCUCCUUCUUCAUUAGGGCAGCUCAGAAGCUGAAUCUUUCCUCCAAGCGGAAGAAAAACCUGCCUUCCCUGCUUAACCUGCAAGAACCCUCCAUCUACCCGACCAACUUCAGCGGUAUCCUGCAGGUCUCGCCACCCCCUGCCCCACCAUGUCUGCUCCGUGCUGUUUCCAAAGUGAAGGAAAAUCCAGGGAUGGGAAAGGUGAAAGUGAUGAUGCGUAUCUGUCCGUCUCUGGAGGCUGCAGACUCCUCAGAGUCUCAGUCUUUCUUGAAAGUAGACAGUAGGAAGAAGCAGCUGACCCUCUACGAUCCUGCGUCCAGCCCACACUCUAGUUCAGGGCACAGGAGAUCCGCCACUGUGGCCGUCCCAAAGAUAUUUGCCUUUGAUGCUGUUUUUACCCAGGAUGCUUCACAAGCUGAGGUGUGCUCAGGGACAGUAGCUGAGGUCAUCCAAUCUGUGGUGAAUGGUGCAGACGGCUGCAUCUUCUGCUUUGGCCAAGUAAAGCUCGGCAAGACAUACACCAUGAUUGGCAAAGACAGCUCCACUCAAAGCCUAGGCAUUGUGCCCUGUGCCAUUUCUUGGCUCUUCAAGCUCAUCAACGAGCGCAAGGAGAAGACGGGCACGCGCUUCUCAGUCCGCGUGUCUGCAGUGGAAAUCUUUGGAAAAGAUGAGGAGCUAAAGGACUUGCUGUCUGAGGUGUCGUCCGGCAGCCUGCAGGAAGGCCAAUCCCCGGGAAUCCACCUGAGAGAGGAUCCCAUCUGUGGCACUCAGCUUCAAAACCAGAGUGAGCUUCGUGCCCCAACUGCUGAGAAAGCCGCCUUCUUCUUGGAUGCAGCCAUCGCUGCCCGGAGCACCAGCAGACCGAAUGUUGAUGAGGACGAGCGACGGAACUCCCACAUGCUGUUCACACUGCACAUUUACCAGUACCGCAUGGAGAAGACUGGAAAAGGGGGAAUGUCGGGUGGACGAAGCAGGCUGCACCUUAUUGACUUGGGGAGCUGCGAAAAGGUCCUGAGUAAAAGCAGAGAUGGAGGAGGAGGCUUGUGUCUUUCCCUGAAUGCACUGGGAAACGUCAUAAUGGCUUUAACAAAUGGAGCGAAGCAUGUACCCUACAGAGACAGCAAACUGACAAUGCUGCUGAGGGAGUCCCUUGGCAACAUCAACUGCAGAACAACUAUGAUUGCCCACAUCUCAGAUUCCCCAGCCAACUAUGCUGACUCGCUCACCACUAUCCAGCUGGCAUCCCGGAUCCACCGAAUGAGAAAGAAGAAAUCUAAGUAUGCAUCUAGUUCAUCUGGAGGUGAAAGCUCGUGUGAGGAAGGGAGGAUCCGGAGGCCCCCCCACCUCAGGCCUUUUCACCCUCGGACAGUAGCCCUGGACCCAGACCUGCCCUGUUUGCUCAGUGACCCAGAAUACUCCUCUAGUAGUGAGCAGUCUUGUGAUACUGUUAUUUAUGUGGGCCCUGGGGGAACUGCAAUCUCAGACAGGGAGCUUAGUGACAAUGAAGGCCCACCUGCCUUUGUUCCAAUUAUCCCUUCUCUGAACAAGAAGAGGUCUGCAAAAGAGGGCCCUCUGGACAGAGACCAUUUCUUUAAAUGCAACACAUUUGCUGAACUGCAAGAGAGGCUUGAGUGCAUAGACGGCAGUGAAGAACCUACUGCUUUUGUUGGAGAGGGAAAACGAUCCCAGGCUAGCCCCAAGAUGGACAAAUCUAAAGAGAGCCAAAGCUCUGUUUCACCAAAGACUGUAGCAAAUAUUUCUUACAACCAAGAGGGUAUCUCACCCAAACAAUCUCCUAAAUCGGUCCCCCCGCAGCCAUCUUGCAGUCCCAGUGCCAAAUCUAAAGUUGACAGUGCCAAGAGGCAAUGCAUGCCUGUGGAAAGGGUACCAUCAGAGAGUGUUCAAAAUGUUUGCAGGACCAGGGCUGAUGGUGAGAAGGCCUUGGUUUCAGAAAACAAGGUUAGUGCAAACAAACUGGCACCUGCCGCUGCCCCACCUACUGAACCUGUGGUGAGAGAGAAGAUUUACUCCAGCAAGAAAUCCUUGCCAAAGCCAGCCCCGCCUCCUUCACAGCAGAGAGAAAAUACUGACAAUGAGGAAAGAUCAAGCACCAGAAUGCCACCUGUUGGAAUGAGUCACCAAGCUGCGAAAAGAAGGGAUCCGUGCACUUCGCCUUUACUUAGAGCUCCGGUGGAGGUGUGCCAGGUACGCUCGACGUUGAGGGAAAGAUGUCUGGACCGGGACAUCCUUAGAGCGACCGUCACCCUGCAGCAGCCUGUGGAGCUGAACGGAGAGGAUGAGCUGGUGUUCACUGUGGUGGAGGAGCUAUCUAUAGGCAGUAUAGUAGAUGAAGGCCGGCCAUCAAGCAUUAUUAGCUUUAACAGUGACUGCUCUCUUCAGGCCCUGGCCUCUGGUUCUCGACCUGUCAGCAUCAUCAGUAGCAUCAAUGAUGAAUUCGAUGCCUACACAUCAGCCGCUGGAGGGUCAGAGGUGAACAUUUCAGUGGUCACAGCCCCUCAGGAGGGAGGAAUGGCGUGUAUAGACAGCAGAGGUUCAUCUAUCAGUUCUUGGCUGAGUGAGGUUAGUGUCUGCACCUUGGAAAGCGAAGGGGCUCAUUCCACAGACGUCUUCCUUCCACAGGCCAAACACAUGGGCCCAGAGGUCACCGUUUACUUUGACUCCCUGGAUAUGUUUAAUUGUGUCUCCUCGCCUAGAAAUGCCAAGAACUCCCUAAAUGACAGCGGAUUUAGUUUUUCUGAACUAGACAGUGAUAGCGCCGCCUCAAGCAAGCAGUCACUGACAAAGUGCCCCCCAUCACCAGAAUCAGCAAAAGGCUCCCUAAAAUUUACAUCUAAAAUAACUAAAGCUCACUCGCUUAGCUCCUCCCCACAGGGCCCAACUAUAGUCCACUCCAGUCUUCCCAGGAAGAUUAAACCUACCUCAUCUAUCUCUCAUAGCAGCAGCAGUAGCAGCAGCAGUAGAGAGCCACUAAGGCAAGAGGUUAAACAGGAAGAUCCUUGGAAGUGCAUUGACAACCACUCUGAACCUCAAUUUUCUGACUCCAGCAAUACCAGCAAAUUUCUCAGAAAUCCCCCCAGUGGCAUCCCUUCCAGCAAAACGUCCAGCAACACCAACAGUGUACCUCGCUCUCCCAAUGUGCAGGGGUCUACCUCAGCCCAAAGGGUGGUUGAUGGCUGUGAGAAAUCAGCCAGCAGGAAUCCACCCAGCAAAAUGCCUCAGCUGAGACGAGGUGCCACCACCCUGGGAACAGUGCCCGUCAUUCAUUCCACCACGGACUACAAGGGAAGCCAAGAUAUUGUUGCAUCUGCCACAAGCCUUAAAUUUUCCUCUCUGGGGAAAAACAAGGCCAACUCACAGAAAGCGAGCAAUUCCGCUAAACCCGACUGCACCAUGCCUCCUCCUCCUCCAGUGAGAAAAUCCAGUCUUGACCAUAAAACGAAGACACUGCUGCCCCAAAGUGCCUUAAAGACAGCAUAUGGGGAGGCAGGAAGGACCUAUGGAGCGAGGGCGGCUGUAUCAGAAGAUGAGCUUGAGGUAUGCCACAGAGUAGACGGUUUCAAAACCUCCAGCCUCAACACGGCCAAAGUUACCUCCAGUUUGAAGGCCAAAGGGCCUAGAGGAGAGGCUGGGCAGCACUAUGGCAGUCAGAUAUCACUGGAAAGGUGUGAAAGUCUGUCCUUAUCAGGUUCCAGAGCUGCGCUUAGUAGAGAGAACAGCGGGGCAAGUCUUGGCAGCAGUAGUAGCAAAUCAAGCAAGUCCAUUUCGCGAUUCGGUAUUCCCAAUUCAUCCAGCGCUCCUAUUGCUUCCUGUCCAUCCUCCCCAAGUGGAGGAAAUGUCAGCAAACCUGGACAGGUAAAAGCUUCUGUAAAUCCUAGGUCAUUGGGAGCUGUUAAUGGUUCUAAGGCACGUUCACUAUCAGCCAACAGCUCCAAGGGCUUAAGCUCAUCCACAAAGUCUUUGGCCGCCCCAUCUACCAGAAACACUAAUGCCAACCUCCCUCCUUCUGGACGGACAUCGGCUCCUCGGACCACCGCUGCAGUCACCAGCAAGCCUGGAAGAGGCACUAUCAUGGGCACAAAGCAGGCCAUUAGAGCUGCAAAUAGCCGUGUGAGUGAACUGGCAACAGGCAACAUAUCAGGAAAACACGUGAAAGCUUCAGCAGACUCAGACAGUGGGAAUGACAGCGGGGUGAAUGUGAGUGAUGACAAAUCCCCAGUAGCCAUGCUGCCUUCUCCAUACAGUAAAAUCACAGCACCCAGGCGGCCUCAGCGCUACAGCAGUGGCCACGGCAGUGACAACAGCAGCGUGUUGAGCGGGGAGCUACCUCCGGCGAUGGGACGCACAGCUCUGUUCUACCACAGCGGUGGCAGCAGCGGAUAUGAAAGCAUGAUCCGUGACAGUGAAGCCACAGGCAGCGCUUCCUCUGCCCACGACUCUAUGAGCGAGAGCGGCUUCUCAUCUUCAGGGAGAGCAAAGAGCUCCAAGUAUCCCAAGAAGAGAGCAAACGGCUUCCAAAGAAGACGGCUAAUCCCAGCACCCUUGCCAGACACAGCAUCUCUGGGGAAGAAGGUGAGCACAGCAGGUCAGUGGGUGGACUUGCCUCCUAUGUCUGGACCACUGAAGGAACCCUUUGAGAUCAAGGUGUAUGAGAUCGACGAUGUGGAACGGCUCCAAAGGCGCCGUCAGGAGGAAACCGCAGAGCAACCAUUCCAAGACGUUGACAAGGGCCUGCUGUAUUUUAACAGUAAGCUGAAGAUGCUUGAGAGAAGGCAACAGCAAGUGAAGGAAGUGAGGGCAAAGCAUCAAGUGUUAUUGGAGGAGCUGGAAGACACGAAGGCCCGACUGAUGAUGGACCCCAGCAAGUGGAUAGGAGAGUUUGAGGUGGACCAGAAUUUGGAUAAAGAAUCUCCAGAGUAUCUGGAGGCCUUGACACAGGCCACAGAGGAGCUGGAGUUCUGCGUCAACCUGUGCAAGGCCCGUGUCAUGAUGGUGACGUGCUUUGACAUCAGCAUGUCAACACCUGGCACUCAGGAGGGGCUACGUGAAGUCGAAGUCUGAGGACAAAAGUAAGUAGGAGCGGGAAAGGAAAGGAAAUGGAAGUGAGAAGAAAAAGAACGAUGAAAUGUAGCAGUCAGUGUGUAGAAGUCCCUGGGAAGAAGAGCAAAAGACGGAAGUGAGAUGAGAGUGGAUCUUAACAUGUAAACAGAGGAAAUCUUGACCACCUAGCUACAGUGCCUCAUUACCAGGACACGGCAGAGGAAUGACACAUGAGCACAAACGCUGUUGCCUCUAUGGCAAAGCAGUGGCCAUCACCUACUCAAGAGUCAAUGAACAACACCUGGAAGUGCCUUUUUUAUUGUUUUGUUUCGAGUCGUUAUUUUUCCUAUGGCGCAGGUAUCUUAAGCGUACCUACUCCCUGAACAUAUUGCUUUUAAGAAAAAUAUUUUAUAUUCCAUUGUAUAGUGUAUUAAAUGAAUAUGUGAUGUGUACAAAUGUCCUUUUUAUGGGGAAAAAUAAAGAAAAAAGAAAAAAGCAAUAAGCUAAUGUUAUUGCUCUCCCAGACUGCCUUUUCUCUUGUUUCAAACCUCAGUCAGCAUUUUAUCCAUGAUCAUUCAGCCUCCUGCGCCUUAUGUUAACUCUCUGGUUCUGUAGUUUUCUAAAUUUUCAAACUGGACUAUGUUAUUUCAUCAAGGACUGUAUUUGCUGUCAUCACUCAUCUCCUGCCAGCUGUCCUGUGAAAGCUGCUUGCAGGGUAGAGUGAAUGUUUUUUUUUCUCCUCCAGUUGCCUUGUUCAAAAUGGGUCUCAGUGGAUGCACUUAGGUAGAGCAGCAGUUUUGUUGUGGGAAGGAGAGUUUAUUCAAACUGUGCUUGCCUGUGUUUAUCUCACUAAAAUAAAAGUUUAAGCCAAAACAUAUCAAUCAGAGGGGCACUGUGAUGGACGAUAAGUGAUUGUUCUUGAUUCAGCCAUUCUUUCUGGUGCCUCAGUAUGUGGUCAUGCAACGUAACCUUCCCUCCACUCACCUACAAUGAUCAUAUGAUGACUGGUUACACUUCUACCGGUGCCCAUCAGUGAGCCCACUAUUUCUCUAAAUGGGCUUUGACUGGGGGCUUUUUAUAUACUGUAAAAUAAAAAGGAGCACUGAUGAGCACAAGUCAGCCAGUCUGUUAGACACUACUUCUUUUUUAAGUGCUACCAAGCCUCAGCUCUAUGCAUUCCAAUACAUUUACUGCAACUACAAUAAGAACCUCAUUACCGAGUAAGGGCAACCACCUAGUUUGUUCUCUUUUGUCCCUACUCUACUAAUCUACUAAUUAUUGACGUUGAUCUAAUGUCUCAAACGAAGACUCUAGAAUUUCUCCAUGAAACGAUACAGUGAAAAGCAAAAGAUUGCGGCAUUAUUUAGCAAAAUCAAUCAUGGCAUCAGCUCUUCAUGGCUGCCAGAAUGUGCUUAUGAAUCAAACAGCUGACACGGAGACAAAAAAGAUGAUUGGUGAAAAUGAUUGUUGAGAAAAACAGACUGGCUUUGACGUAUCUUGCUGUGUUUGACUUCUAUAUCUAUGACAAAUACGACUUUGUUUUCUUUGUUUUACAAAGAUGGACUAUCUCAGGCCCUCUCUGAAGAUGCUGCAUGAGAUUUUUAAUCACUUUUAAGAAUGAUUUCUACUCCAUUUUUUACCAUUCUAAUUUUUUACAAUAAUUUCUGUGUGUUCACUAAUGUGGGGUUAUGCUCAUGAAUUAAAGAACUAUUACCAAACCAAGACCUUUUUUCCAAGAAAUUAUUAUAUGUAAGGUCAUAUUUCAUAUCAAAACCCAUAUUUUCUAAUACCUUUCUUUUUGUAUAGGAUUUUCAGACCCUGUGUAUAAAUGUACAAUAUGGCAGCUUGUGUUUUACUUUUACAGUACUUGUGAAUAAAAUGUUCCU